AUUUCCUGAACCUAAACAGGUUUUAAGCUGAAUUUAAUUAUGCUUUUCUGCAUAUUCCUUUUUGUAUUAAAAAUGUUUCACCUUAAUGUUUAGUCAACAUUAUUUACAAAUUUCAUGACAAGAUCAAUACAUCACUACAUUAUUACAUCGCUGUCAUCAUUAAAUUUGUAUCAAAAGAAGCUAAAACUUUGAACGGUAAAAAUGUUUAUUUCAAGAAUUUUUAGAUGAUGUAUUGUGUUUAACACAUGAUAUUACAAUAUAGCUAUCUAUUUCAGCUAAAUAAUCAUUUUCAGUUGUGAGUUUAAAUUAUUCAAGCACGGUCGCCUAAUCAACCUAGAGUGUUUUUUUUCAGAGCGCCAGUUUAUGUCAGUUCAGUUAGCGAUACAAAUUAAUUAUAUCUGCCUUAAAAAGGGUUUAUUAUUACUAUCAUCAUAUAUAUUAUUAUUUUAAAACCAAGAAACUUUGCAUAUAAGGUAGAAUAUUAUGAAAUCACGGAUCUAACAAGGUUAAGACUUCGUUAGAUUCUUCUUGAUGGUUUUUAUAAUUCGAUUAUAAUUCAAUAAUUUGUCUAAAAUCUUUAGGCCAGCACAAACUGGUGUCCUGGCCCUAAAAAAAAUGUCUGGCAUAAUGUACUUAAAUGGCAAUAAUUAAUUCAAGGACUGUUUUUUAGGUUUCUCUGAAAUAGUCUGGGAUCUCAAUGCUUUUAAUAGCACUAGAAGUCGUAGGAUUGUGUGUAGGUUCCCGACGCUGCUAGUUAGAUUGGAGCAAAGGUAUGUGGUAGCUAACAGGACUCAGAGGUAAUGUGGAUUUAACUGUUUAAAAGGGUUGACUAUGACAUUACCUUAAGUUAAACCACAUUUCAAAACAAGUUAAAAAGUUGUUAAAAUACUUUCUAGCAUAAUGCACACCUAGUCUGGUCGGAAGGAAGAUCCUGGCUUUUUGAGCUAGGAAUGAAGUGGAUGUGACAGAAAACUUCCUUAGUAGCUUGAAAGGGUCAAUAGGUUAAUUCCACAUUUCAUUGGUUGAAACUUGAGCCUUCGAGUUCACGAUAUCUCACGUUUCAAUAAAACAAUAGCGUGUAGAAGUUGCUAUCAAGAUCUCAUUUCUAUCAGCGGAGAAAGACGUUUAUGUUUAGUGAUUCACAGAAAAUGAACUUAAGCCUCGUCCUCUUGUGGCAUGUCUUGUCAAUUUUGUUUGAAAAUGCCAGUGGAGUGUGCUAUGGCUCGACCAAUAAUGCAACCACGUCCCUGCAAACACUGGCAAUGACAAAUUACUCGAAUAACGAAUACUGUGUCUUCUACAUCCAACCUUUCAGUUCUUACUCGUCGUCCAGUUACUACUUAGAAAUCGAAUGGAAAUCGUUCGACAUUGAAGGGAAACUACCUUCUUGCAAGGACUAUGUCGAAGUAUUUCUUACGAGCAUUUUUGUUUUAUUCUGGAACACCUUCUUUAAAUUGGAGGAUCUGCGGCACAAAAAUUCCAACAGUGUAUACUGCAGAAAAAGGUUACGUCUACCUGUACUUAAACCGACCACGAAAUAACACUGGGUGUCGUGGCGUCAUGGUUGGCUACAUAGCUUAUGGUGGCAAUGAUUGUACCUCUGGAACCCAUAAUUGCAGUUCUAAUGCUUAUUGCACAAAUACCCGCGGCUCAUACCGAUGCACUUGCAAAAGCGGGUACACGGGGAAUGGAUUUAGGUGCAGUAGAAUUGAUGUGAAUGAAUGUACACUUGGAACCCAUAAAUGUGGUAAAUACGCUACCUGUACAAAUACGAUCGGUUCGUACAAAUGCACAUGCAAAAGCGGUUACACAAAAGAACGCGAUCGUUGUGUGGCUUCAGAUAAUGGAUUAGUUUUUAUUGGAGCUCUCUUUGGUACACUCUUGGGGCUUAUUACGUUCAUUGCAGUGAUUAAGCUUGCCGCGAGAUUUUGUCCAUUAAAGACAACUUCAACGACAAGACAAGCAAACCUGCCUCUGGCCGCUACCUCAGCAACAUUCGGCGCAGCCAAUGCCUCAGCCAAUGAUACCUUUACGCAGAAUGCGGAGCCAUGGCAGCAGAAUAUGCCACAACCUGCUGUAAUUUUCAAUGAAGAAAGUUCCUGUCACGCUUCCACAGAGUCAGUACUUUUACCCUCAUAUGCAGCAAGCACGGCAACAGAUGCCAACGCAGUACCACCACCUGAAUACCAAGCAGCUAUUGCAACAAGCAUCAACUACCCCAUGGCCCCUCCUCCCUAUUCAUCUAGCAUUGCAUCAAGCAGUUUUCCGCUACCAUAGAAUAAAUACUUGGUCAGGCAACCACAGAAUUAAUAUGCUUAAUUAUCAUCAUUUAUGCAACUAUAAGACUUGUCUUUUACUUUUGUUACAUACAGCAAAAAGUGGAAGCAGCAAAUUUCAUGAGUAACCGAUAUUUCACGUUAAAUUUUUCAUAUAAGACACUGUAUAACUAUCAGCUAUUAAGAUGUAUACUUGUGGCUAUCUCUCAUUUUUCUGUAUCAUUAGGCCUCUAAGAUACAGGAUCUCAAUACAAGGUUUUAUCUUCAAACGUAAUCAGCAUACAACGAAGUACUAACAAUGUCAAUAAAUUUGAGUAAAGUACUAAAGACUUUUCCUGUAGCUAAAUAGUGUCGGUCGAGUUAAAGAGCAAUAUCUCAUUGGCCUGGCGAACACCCUCACCCCCGAAUGGCAUGCACAGAACCACCGACCGUUAACUUUACAACGCAGCUAAUCACUUAUCACGCCGUCCUCACAACCCACAACAUGUUUUCCCUACCAUUGUAAUCAUUAUCACCACCAUCAUUACUAUCACCGCUACCAUUAUUACCAUUACAAUUAUCGCCAUUAUCAUUAUUGUCACUUCGAUCACAAUUAUUAUUCUUGUUUUAUAUUAAUAUUCAAAGUCAUCAUUAUCAUCCCAUUGCAGCAAUCUCUACAGCACCACCCACAUUCCCUCAUAUCAUCUACCACCAUUCCCCUGUCCACUUCCAUCAUCCCAAUUUUUUCUCCGCUGCGCUGCAUUCACACCAUUCAACAUCAUCCAAUCAGGUAUCACCAUCUCAUAUUUCAAAUUCAUUUACACGUUUCUUUCCGUUUUCCUGAUAAAUCCCUGUAAGCCGGGGUGAAAUAUAAGUAUUUAUUUUAUUUAAUUUAUUUUGAAAAUUUAUCUCGUUACAUUGGAUUUGUAAAAGUGUAUUUCUAUUGUCAAUUUUUCCAUUGGUUUUCUUCGCAUAUUAGAGCCCUGUGACCCUACCUUGAAGAUACCUCAGAACGUACUCUAGCGCUCAAACGUCCCUUAGAGUUAUGCACUUCGCGACUGAAAAGAUCUUACAAACUGUGUCACCUAAACUAAUACUUAGCAACCUAAUAACACCACAGUUUCCAAUCAAAGCAUUUUCAAAUGCAAAAAGCAAAUAAACAAAGAAUAACUAUAUUUGUCGCAACAAACAACUAAAUUUUGCAGCUCAGCGUUUCUGCCCUCGGGUGAUGUAGGUGAAAGGUUCCAAGAUCAUCUUAUCAGUUAAUAGCUAUUGAAAACAUGAUAACGGUUUGCAUUCCAAAAAGAAACUCAAGUAUAUGAAGUUGAACUGCCCAUGGGCGUAGUGGAUGCAAUGAAACUACCUACAAAGCAUCAAAAGAGAAACGGCAUUCUUCGUACACAGUGACAGGAUACUCAAAAUAUGAUAUCCAGCAACCAUAUAGGAUUCUUUUAGAAAUGGUUCAAUAGAUAUCAUCGUAUUGCGCAUACGGAGAAGCCAAAAAUUGCCCGGGCAUGUUUCGUCAAAAACUCUGAUCGUUGUGACUCGUGGCACUCUACCUAUCAUGACUGAUAUCUCAGCAAGGUCAAGAAAUUCUGUCUCAAGUAGACUGAUUACUCUCUCUAGGCGUACCAACCCUUUCAAGAAUGCAUUACUUAAUGUAUCAGUACUACGUCUUUAACA